GAUUCGGUGUCCUGUAGAGAGAGAGAGAGAGAGAGAGAGAGAGGGGAGUCUGUGGGUAAUGUGGUCUUGGGUUCAAGUGUGUUCUUUACCUAUUAUGGCGGUUUUGGUUUUGUCGCAAGGGGUGGAAAGGAGAGAGAAGUGGUCCGUUUGUGUGUGUGUGUAGGUUUGAUGAAGAAGAUAUCGUCGUGCGACCGGGAACCGCCGCUGCGCAAUCGGGUUCUGGUCUCCUUUGGGAUGGGAACAAAUCGGACCGGUUGUCAUUACCCUAUAAUCUCACGUUAGUAAUUUUGAGUUCCGGAGGGUGGGAUUGAUUGGCACUGCAUGUGGAUUGUCGGAAAGGUCGGAUCUUUCCGUUGUCUUUUUCGCGUGGUCUCGGUUGUGCCCAUCGGAACCGCCGUUGAUCGGCGAAAAGAUUUGUACCCCAUUAGUUUUUCCGGCCACCGGUCUCGGAGCCGGCGGCCAAGAUUCGUUCUUGGAGUCGAUUUCUGCCGCGGACUGCUCUGGUGAGACGGAUUUGCCCUCGUAUACGUCGGGUCGUUCUUCGCCGGUGUCCUCGCCGUCGCCACCAUGGCGAGCUCGUCCGGGUCGGUUGAUUACUGGAGGAAGUUCUUCCGAAGCGCCAACUCCGACAUCUUCGAGGUCAUCGAGCAAGCGAUCCUGGUGGCGGCGUCGGAUUGCCCCCGGCAGUUCCGGAGCAGGAGGGAUCAGAUCGUGGAGAAGCUCUUCGCCGCGCUGCUGCCGCGGUGCUUCGGCUGUGACCGCGUCGAGCUGAGAGGGGCCGAGGGGGACGGCAGCAUGAGGAGGCUCGGAGAGAAGGAGAGCAAGGCGGACAGCAGCAACGACGGGCCCGAGUCCUUGAAUCGGGCGGUGAGCAACUACACGUAUGACGAGGCGGAGGCGCUCACCGAGGAGAUCGAAGAGGAGGGCCAGAUUGUUGGAGAGGUCAUGAGGAUCAAAGAGAUCCUCGGAAACCAACACGAUGAGUCUGAUGCUGUCUUGUUGGAGUCUUUAAGGAGGCUGCAACUGAUGGAGCUUUCUGUUGAUGUCCUCAAGGCGACUGAGAUCGGAAGGGCUGUUAAUGGCCUGCGUAAACACAACUCGAAGCAAAUUCGCCACCUGGUUCGCACUCUCAUCGAUGGUUGGAAGGUUUUGGUUGAUGAAUGGGUCAGUGCUGCCGCUGCCGUUGCCGGUAACUCUCCAGACUCUGUAACUCCUUCUGUUAUCGAUGAUGAGGAAGGGCUUCCUUCUCCUCCAUUAGACGAGGGAGCACUAUUUGCUACUCAGACAACUUCCAUCCAACUCUCGAAGUUCUUUGACGGAAUGGAUGAUGACGGAAAUUUUAGAAACAGUGGGGAGUCUGACGAGGGGUGGGAAAAUGGAACGAAGCCUACAAACUAUGAAAUAUUAAAGAAACAACAGCCUAUGCAGCUACCUGUUGCUCGAGAAGAGAACCGAGAGAUGAGGCGAGGUCCGCAACAGUCUAACUUUGUAAAAGAGAAGGGACAUGUAAGGAGGCGAGAGCCAUGGCAAUCAGCUAUUCCAGAAGAUAAGUUGCAUAUGAGAAGACGAGAAUUAGAAAUGAGGCAACCAGAGCUUCAUGAAAUCUGUGUCUGGCAAGCAACAUCCCAAAGCAUACUAAGCAAACAGAGCAAGGCUGUGAUUGUUGAAUCGGGACCAGGCAAAUCAGCAAAGUUCGCCCCUGAGCAGAAAGCAUCCAGCGAGGCGAAAGUUAAACAACAACAAGACACUGCUGCACUUAAAAGGAAGCCACCGAUGAUCCUGCAAGACAAAUCAAAAUACUCCGAAGAAGCUUCUGUCCAGGCUAAGCUGGAGGUCGUAAGGCGGAAGCUUCACGAAGGCUACCGGCAAGCAGAAAAUGCAAAAAAGCAGCGAACAAUACAAGUAAUGGAGUUGCAUGAUAUUCCAAAGCAGGCACACAACAGCCAGCCUGUUCCGAAAUCCCGAAGCCACUUUAGGAAUCGGGCAAAUGGGUGGCAAUAGUUCAGUCAAUUAUCAAAUUGGAGUUUGGAAUUGCAGCCGAUGGCGUUCCUUUCUCAUUCAAAGGAAGAACCACAGCUCGCUGCAUUUUCCUUGCAUAUGGUACUGACACCUUAAUCAUGUAUCACCAUAAAGAGGGCACUCAGGAAGCCGGAAUGUCGACAUUUAUGUAGAACCAGGUGUACAUUAAUCUGAGAUAAAUUGCUGAUCAUGUACAGAAUUCGACAAACCCAUCACAUUUCUGUGUUUCUCGAUCUCUCCUUUACGACGUAAAAGCAACGCGUUACAGUUAGCAUCUCGCAGUUGCAGUUUCUCUGAA